UUAUGCUCAAACCAAUUAACUACAAAAAUUUACUUUUAUGGAAAUAAAAUGUUUCUGCUUGGGAUCUGUUUGCUUUUCAGUGUUAACCCUUUGUUAUUGAAGGCUUAUCCUGUGGAGUCCCAAGUUAAUUCAAAAGAACCCAGCGACCUGACUGCCCACUUGUCCGAUCCAGCCGACUACCCCGAUUUAAUAAAUGGCCUCACUGAUGCUGAGGUUCAGGAAAGCCUUCAAGAUCUCACCCUAGAUGAUCUCAAUUCCUUAGACAAGCUGCUCGAUGAGCACAUCGGUCGAGAUGUAGAAGCCGACUCAGACGCGAGUCGAAGAGCCCAGGUUAGACAAGCGAAGGCCGCCGACCGCAAGCAGGACCUCCGCUCCAUGAAUGCACCGCUGCCGCUCGACGAUGGCUGCCGGGAUGAGGAGGAUUCCGAUGAGGCCAAGCCUAAUCUGUGCAGCAAGCGACCCACCUGUCCGACCACCAAGCGCUGCCCAAAGAAAACCACAUGUGUGCCGAAAACCACUCGAUUGUGCACCCCCCGACCGGUUAGCGACAACUGCAAAUCAAAAUCAGGUGGCUACAUGGAUGAUGACAUGAUAUCUGACACCACAAAAUGCCCAAAGCCCAAGAACAAAAAGUGCAAGAAACCCAAAGAUGAUUUCGAAUGCGAGGCUGAUGAUUUCCUGUGCCACGCCAGCAGGCGAUCUAGGGGAAAGGAGAGCAGGAGCAAUCUUCAGGGAAAGCCAGUGGAUGCUCCAGCAGAAUAUGUUCCGGGUAGAGAGUCAACUGGGUUAGAACCGCUGAAUGAGGAGAUGCCAGCACUAAAUGAUCAAGGAGAACCAUUGGAUGAAACCUUUAACUUCGGGGACAUUAACUUGGAGCAACCAUUCCAUCUGGAUCAAUCAAGCUCUGAGUUUGAUUCUAAAAUUGAUUUAGGGCAAGGGAAUCAAGUCAAUUUGGAGCAGGGCCAUCAGUCCGACUUAGAGAAGGAUAAUCCGAUUAACUCAGAACAGAAACAAACAACUAAUUUGAAGGAUUCCGGGAUUAACUUGGAAGACUCAAAACUAGAUUGCAACACAAAUUUAAAGCAAGAAGACACAAAACUAAAUAGUAACACAAAUUUAAAUCAAGAAAGUAAUUAUGAGGUUGGAUUGGAAGACACGAAACUAGAUAGUCACACAAAUUUAAAGCAGGAAAGUGAAGAAAACUUAAAUAGUGAACUAAAUAAUCACAGAAAUUCGGAGCAUGAAAACAUAGUAAAGUUAAAACACGAAGAGCAGGCCAACUUUGAUCAGGAUUAUCAGGCUGAGUUUGACCGAGAACAUCCCAAUGACUUGGAGCUAAGAAAUCCGGUCAAUGCUAUGCGAUCGAGUCAGAUAAAUAGGGACCAGGAACAACAUAACUUGGAUUCUAGCAACCCCGAUCAUUUUGAGCAGGAUCAUCCGGACUUGGAAAAUCAGUACAAUGCUGGGCAGGAACUCAAUUUAGAAGUUGGAAAGAAACACCAUGCUAGCUUCCAUGAUGAACGCCAAGCUAAUUUACAUCAAGGAGAGCAGCUUAUAGGUCAGGAACAGAAAAUAUCCAACGUUGAGGAAGUCGAGCAUUCCGAAAAUGAGGCAGAACUAUCUCCUCUAGAUCCAUAUGAACGCCAUACGCUUUCCAGGAUUGCCCAUCGCAAGAGAGAGCAGGCUGAUGCGGAGAAACGAAAUGAGGCGCCAAUUUACAAUGCAAAAGAUAAAAAUCAUUUUAUUGCCAACGAAGAGCUUAUGCCACUGAAUGCAGAUAUCACCAAACAGGAUCCUCUUUUCGAUAGCGACAGUUUCAUUGCUAACAAUGCUCGAGAUCCACCACGCUACUUGAUUCAAAUGCAAAACGACUGCAUCCAAAGUGAUAACGAUCGUGGCGAACGGCGAUUGCGAGAGGACCGGAGCCAAAGCGAAGCGUUGAACCUGGACAAACUCACCGAGGAGGAUGCCAGCCCCGUGGAGGAUUCGAAUUUUGAAUACGAAUAUAAGCGGAGCAAGCGAGAAAACAAAGAGACCGAUGAUGAUCCCGAGAACUCCAAAGAAACGUAUAUAAAGAAGCUGAUGGACUCAUUCCCGCGGGACCAGGGAGGCCAGAUCAAUGCCAAUGCGGCGUUGUGCUGCUCCAAUCUCGCCCAUAUGCGCAUCAAGCGAAGUUGAGUUUUUUUUUGUUUUGUUACACAGCCUGAUAAAUGUCUUUGUAUAUUUUAUAAGCUACCAUAAAUUGAUAAUGCAUAAAUGCG